AUGGCUUCGCGAGAUGAAAUAAAUACAAGUGAAGAACCGGCUCACUCAGCAUUCAUGGCAAAGGAUCUCAUCGAGUCUUUUUUGAAUGCCGAAGACCUGGAAUUGGAGCUAGAUUCAAUUAUUCUCAAGCGAUGUCUCAGUUUAAAUUCUGUCGUCUCAAUGGCCUCCUUUUUCAACUGCCGCUCCCAAACUGUGAAUAUUUAUUCUGACCGACAAGAGGUCAAUCAAAUCGGCAGUGGCCUACAAGGUGCCAUCUUUGAGGUUGUUGGACAAACCGACGUCUUCAAAAAGGAACAUCCAGGUAAUGAAUUACGAUCAUCGAAUCUCCAACGCGAGUUCAGAACCCACUGCAAUGUUUCGGCCGCAUUUGAACUCUACAAGACUACCACUUUUAGCGUAGUCAAAGUUCCUAAGCCCAAGAAUUUUGUCCCCAAAGCUCAAAGGGAAUGGUUCUGGGUUUUUAUCUUGCCAAACUUACCCCAGGACUAUCGCACACGCGGGGAUGUCAUCACCAUGGAUCGGAUUCUUCCGUUGCCAAAGAUUGUACGAAGAGCGCUCCUCACCUUUUUUUAUGCUGGUGAAAACCCUCGGCCUUGUAAUGAGUCUGAAGUCGAACGCCUUCACAAUAACAAGGAAAACAAGCACUGCCUUGCCCGAGUCUAUUUGGGCAAGGGCAAUGGUUCAUAUAAUCAGGGUAACCCAGCCCCGCUCAGAAAUUUCCCACUCUAUCUCGACUCUAUGAAGGCCCUUGACAUGGAUACCCUUGUCCUUGCCAAAGAAAUGGGUAAGGCAUAUGCAAUCAUGCACUGGGGUGCUGCCACAAAUGGUGACGACGUGGAGUUCGUCCUUGGCACAUCAGCCUUAAAGAGACCGGCAGACUCGGAGCACAUAGAUCGUCCAAACGUUCAACAUCGCGCCAUUGGAUUAUAUCUUCUCGACUUCGGCCAAUGCGAGGCCGUUGAUUUGACGCGGGAUUGUGAUGUCGUUUACCAAGAAUUCAAAGGGGCUAUGGUAAUGGGUGAUAAUCAGCUCUUUAUCCCGCAUGUUUCGAAAAGUCCGGAAUUGUUCGCAACCUUCAAGAAGGGAUACAUCGAUGCUGGUAAUGUUAUCCUAUCAGACAAGAAGCUCAACGGCAAGUUCAGCAUGGAGGACUUUAUGCAAGAGUAUGAAGAAUAUGCCGAGGACUUUGUGUAUUAG